AUAGAAUCCCACCCUACCUGUUCUAGAUAAAACAGUGUCCUGUCCCUUUAAGAAUGCUGCAUUGUGGGAAAUGAAGUUCAAUUUAUUUGACUUGUUGCAGGUUUUAAACACUAUGAGCAAUAAAUUAUUGCAUUAUUGCCACUAGUGCUAGCCACUAGUUAUCAUUACAGUAAUAGGAAAAUAAAGCCUAAAUUAUUAUAAUAGGUUAGCAUUCAUUUUUUUUAAUGCAAUACAAAAUUUGCUUUUGUGAAAUCUGUUUGGUUUCUAUUUAUUACCAUUGCCGUUCUUGUAAUUCGAAUUCAAGUUAUGACUGGCACUGCGCCUCUCUGUUACGUCACGUUAUCCCAUCGAUUCUAAGAAUUACUAGUGUCCCUGAACGCAGCAACAUCCAGCGCAUCGCCCCAGUGACGUCCCCGCACGCUUUCGGAUGCCGUUACGUUCUAAACAUCACCAGCACGCCUCUUUGCCCGUUCUCCUUCUCCCGUGUGCUUUCAGGGCGUUGUCAAAGCUGGGGGUCUGCGGCGGUGACAUGCAGCGGAACGCGGUGGUCGUGGUGGCGGAUAAAACGAGCCUGAAGAGGCCGUUUAUAUUCGCCUGCGCUGUCAACAUGGCUCUGUGCUUCUUCAUGCUGAUCAUGACGGCGGUGGGCCACCGGGACCUCCUGCAAGCGGGUCAGCUGGUGUCCAACGUGUCCGUGGUGAUUUUAUACAUCCUGGAAAUUGCCUGCCUGCUGCUGUCUGUGCUCGGCGUAUUCGGAGCCUGCACAGGGAGGAGGUGGUGUUUGAUUCUGUUUGCAGCCGGGAUGGCAGCAGCCAGUCAAACGAUCAUCGUCAAAACAGCGUUAAGCUACCAGGACAUUUACGAGAAAGGGGUAGCGAGAGAGGAGUCCAAGUUGCUGUCCAUGAUGCCUCUGAGUACCACCAGCAAAGUCAACAGGACCUUACUUCAUAGUAUUCAAGCACAUUUUAAAUGCUGUGGGGUCAUUGAAGGCUACAAAGACUGGGGCACAGCCAUCCCUGCUUCCUGUCAUUGUCAGUCGCCAGGAAAAUGCAUACGACUGCGAGGCAGCGCAACUCUAGGGGCUCCAAAGAACCAAUAUGUCUAUCAAGAGGCUUGCCUUCCAAUCUAUGUCUCGGCAUUGAAGCGAGCAUUUUCAUUGGCCAUGGGGAUUAAAUUUGGAAGUGGGGUUUUCUGGGCGGUUCUGCUGGUGAUGAGUCUAAAGCUGAUGGUGCAGAUGAAGCGCAAACAGGAGUUCAUGGCCCUGCUCCAUUCCAAUCGAUACGUCCCCGGUGCCUUCUAGUCAUCGUGCGGAGAACCUUUGUUGAAUUUGCACAUGUACAACACAAUAUGCUGUAUACCAUUAAUAAUCAGGCCAUCAUUUGAAUAUUACUUCAAAUGCAUGUAAACAAGACAUGUCAUGUAACCCACAUGCAUUUUGCCUAUAAACAUUUAUCCAAUACAAUUAUGAUCUGUAUGAUUAUCUUAGUGGGUGUUAACCAGCAUACUAUCCCAGCAUGCACUGGGUGG